AUGACCCUGGUGGACUUUGGCCAAUACGUGGUAGCGAUCUUUACUCAGGACAAUCACUCUUGCUCCCCACGAAAGGAACGAGUAGUCUAUCUGGUGGUAUCUGUCCCCCUUUUAAGCUGCACCUCUGGCAUGAGGAUCCCUGUUCUGCAUUUCGAGUUAAUUCCACCCCCCUUCCUCACUCGCUUUCCUUCCAAUCGGAGCGACACAGUGGAACACUGCUGUCAAUACAGCGGCUCCCUACAUCCGGAUAUUGGAGCAGCCCAAACAACGCGGGAUGCGAUUCCGAUACAAGUGCGAGGGCCGCUCGGCUGGGAGUAUCCCCGGAGAGAAGAGCACAGACAGCACCAGGACCUACCCUGCCAUCGAGUCGCUGACAUUUCCCUGCACUGCAGCGACCGUUGUUGGCUGUACAUCGCACGGGAGGCGAUGGCCUAG